AUGGCGGUCGCCGUGUCAAUGUUUCGGUGGUUGGAUCUGUUAGAAAAAGAAUUUGACAAGACUUUUGUGGAUUUAGAUAUUUUGCUAGGAGAGAUUGAUCCUGAUCAAAGUGAGAUAACUUAUGAUGGACGGCAGAAAAUGACUCAGCUAUCCUCUACCUUCGCACAGCUCGUUCACAAAGCGCAGACAAUUUUUCAGGGAAAUGCCAAAUUAGAGGUACGGUGAGUUUUUGAGUUAAAACAUUGCGAGCUUUACUCUUAAGUUGACUGUGAUCAUCGCCUGUCCAAGUUUAAGCUUUUAAAUUUAAUCGUUGAAAAGAUAACACAAGGUGAAUGAAAAUAAUCUGGUCAUUUUAAAUGUGAUCAAUGUUUCCUACUAAGGAACUAUUUACAUAUUAUGCCCAGAACAACGCUAUGUCGCUAUUUAUCUAAAUUCUUUGAAAAACGCUGGAUAUUAUAGCUUAGAAUCGAAACAAGGGAAAAUUCAUCCUAGUGUCCACGUUAUGCUCUCUUUUUCCUAUUUAUUUACCGAAGGCUUUCCAUUUAGUAAUUUGUUGUCAUAGUGGACUCAGGGUGACACACUUCUAAGGUUACUGGUAGGUUAUUCUGAAAUCGUUAGCAAAAAACGGUGGUCAGUGAUCCAUGAAUAUUGAAAAUAGCUGUUGUGGAAAAAAAGUACAAUCAAGUUUUCUGUUUUCUUUUUCCACCUACAUGGCGAUAUCACCAGGGAAAUGAUGAUGUGAUGAGAGAAUUUUGCCCAACUAAAUUUUUUGUUUGCCAUUAAUUAUAUGAAAUGAAAACAUUACACCAAAAAUGGAGAUUUGAAAAUGUUAAAUGUGAUUGUUGAAAUAUCUCCUAAAUAGAAUGGAUAAUUCUAGGUGAUUUCAGCUAGUGUGAGCAUUCAAUCUUUCCAGUCAUUAAAAGUUAUAUUAUCCUAUGUACCAUGUUUGAGUUUAUGGCAUUUUAUUCCAUGCUGUGUUUAUCAGCAUUUUUCUGUGAUAAUUUUAAUAUAAGGAUUUUUUUUCACUAGAACUGACAUGAAUGACUUUAACUUGAAAAGCAGAAUAUAAUUUAAUUUACUUCUGAGUGGGUCUUCCUUAUAAAUUUUUAUUUUGCAUCCUUAAUGUGCAAUUUCAAUGCAACUGUGUUAUAGGUGUCUUUAACUAAAAGGUGACUGAAAAUGAUGAAACAGUCAUGAAAACUGAAUUUGAGCCAAAAAAGGUGCACUGAAUAGGUUGUUUCGUGGCUUUUUUUAUUCAUUGUGUAGGAGUACUGAAAUCAUUGAAAAGAAAACUUUUAUGCCUCUUUUUAUAAGUUAAUGACAGAAAUGUUUGGGUUUUGUCAUGCAAUGGGACUUUGGAAAACCAAAAUUAAAGAGGGAGUCAAAAUAAUAGUAAUAAUUUAGUAAUAAUAGUAAUAAUAACAAUGAUACUACUACUACUGCUACUAGUAAUACUACAACUACUAGGUAUGAUAAUAUUAAUGAUAGUACAGUCAACUCCCAACAACUCAAACCCUCAUUGACUCAAACCUUACACUAACUAGAACUUAGUCAAUUUCCUCAUGAUAAAUUGAACCCUUAAUAACUAAAACCUCUUGCUUACUCAAAGUAAUAUAUCUUUCCCUUCAGGUCAGACUCUAGAAUGUACUUUUACCCUUGAUAACUCAAACCAUGUCCUACAACCUCUAUUAAUACCUGACAAAUGGAAACAAAUAGUGUAUUGCAAUCCAAAACAUUUAACUUGUACAGUAAUUUAGUGUUCCAUUUUCACUCACCUUCUCUAUAAUUAAAUUUGAUUUCAAUAUAGUUAUACUGUAAGGAUAGUUUUCAUUAAUCCUGAUAACCCAAACUCCUGACACCUUGAUCCUUUUUCAAUUUUCCUUGAAGGUUCGAGAUAUUGGAAGUUGACUGUACCACUAACAAUGAUGAUAAUAAUAAUAAUAAUAAAAUAAUAAUAAUAGCAUACUGUGGACCAACUAUGUGGUAAGGUGUUGAUCAUAAUUUUGUACUUUCCAGGCAGAGUUAGUAGCUCUUAGGCAUGAUCUGGUCGAAGAAAAAGCUGCCAAACAAGUCUUGGAGAAGGAAGUUAAUAAUUUGUUGCUACAGUUACAUGCUGUUCAACUUCAGCUACAUUCCAAUACUGGAAUGCCCCUGGACUCUGAAAAUAUUAAGAACAAAUUAGUAAGUUCCAAUACUUAAGCUGUAAAGUUCUUUGAAGUUUUAUCAUUUUCCUUAAAUAUGGUUAAGUGCCAGGAAGCACAAUAAUGUGGAACUAAAAUUUUAUCAUUUAUUCAUGUAUAUAGUGGUAGUUGUGUACCUGUGCCAAACACGCACAGUGCACAUUAUUUUUUAGCACAUUCACGUCAAAGAAAUUAGUGAGUUUGCCCACUUUUGUAGUGUGCUAUAUUCAGGAAAUAAUUAUUAGACGUGUUUGACAAGCUGGCACUAUAUAAGAUGACCACUUUCCCUUCUUUUUGUCUCAUUCUGUCAAAUUUCUCGAUCUUUGUUUAUUCAUAUUUUGGUCUGUUUUUACAGGAAGAUGCUUCAGUAUCUAUUUAAUCAGAAUUUAGGCUUGCAUUGGAUUCUCAUUGUACUUUGACCCUCAGCUUCAAGAACUAUUAAAAAAAAAUUAUUCCAUGCAAUAGUUUUGAGAAAAGUCAAUUUUUCUUUUGGAGUUCUUUUCACAUUAUUUUACUUUAUAUAUUUCUUUAUUAGGAGAAUGAAAUGAGCAUAUAUAAAAACAACGCCAUGAAGGAGGCUCGCAUGGACUGCCAAAUAAAACAAUUGGAAAAAGAAAACACAGGACUUAGGAACCACGUGUUUUCGUUGCAAGGAGAAGUAUAUGGAGCAAGACUAGCUGCCAAAUACCUUGAUAAAGAAUUAGCUGGAAGGUAAGUUUGCUGAUAGAAAACAAAAUUGAAAACAGAAUAGAAAACAGAUAGAUGGCAAAAACAGUGAUUCCCUGAGGCACCAUGAGCUGGCAUUUUCACUGGCUUUGUGAUGUUUGUGUAGUGCAGAGUAUUUCAACUGGACAGAUUCUUGUCCUGAUGUGAAUUAUUUUAACCCUUGCUUUCUAACUGAACUCAUAAAAUGGUAAUGAGAUAAACUAGGAAGAAAAUUAUGAGUAAAAGCAAGCCCUGGUAGGAAUAGAUGGUGAGAAAAAUUAACAUUUGCUUGUGCCCUUUGGCCAUUUGCCUGUAUCCUACUUGGUAUUUCUUUUUUUUUUUGUUUGUUUUUUUGUUUUGAAAAGUGUUUCAAGUGAUCUCUAUUAAGUUAACUAAUGGUUUCUUUUUUUUCUAGCUGUCUUUUGCUCACCCAUGAGAAAAUGGACAAAGUCUGUUUUAGAUUUAUUAUCAGUAUAGGUAUUCUGCCAUUAACAGUACUCUUGGCCUUGUAUUACAGACCUUUCUGGCAUGUGCUGCACAAUGUGCUAGUCUCGUCAAAGAACCAAUUUUCGGUGCAUGCAGGGAUUUCAGUAAAAGUUGCUUAGCAAUGGUCCAUGACUGCCAGUAAGACCUCUCACUGCAGUCUGUUUAGCCUGCCAGCAGGCUCUUGUAGCUGGUUUUUGCAUCAUGAUUCAACUGCCCAUUACACCAUUGACAGCCGCUCAUUAGAAAAGUUUUUGAAAGCCCUGGUGCAUGAUAAACAUUCCACAUCAUUCCCUGUGCCACUAAUCAGUAUUUAAACUGGAGUUCAGUAUGCUUUUAACUCACAUGCAUUAUUGAAAAUAAUUAGAAAGCAAAAGUUAUGUUCUUUUCAUAUCAUAGAAUACAACAAAUUCAGUUGCUUGGGCGUGACAUGAGAGGGAGUGAACAUGAUCAACUUUGGAACCAAAUUGAAGCAGAAAUACACCUACACAGGCACAAAACUGUGAUCAGAGCAUGCAGAGGCCGCAAGGACCCCAAUAACAAGGCCCCAGCACCACCACCUCCAGAACCACAAGCUUUAGAAGAUGAAGAUGAUUCUGAUAGUAAAGCAAGAAAGAGGAGAGGAAUUGGUGAACCCAGGACUGUAGUGAUUCAAAAGAGCAAAACAGAAGGGCUUGGAAUAUCCAUUACUGUAAGGGCCUUUUCAUUUUGUUCCAUGUAUGAGUAUGUGGAAUCAUUUCCUACUCUUUUACUUUCAAAACUAAGCUUCUGACCCCUAUGCUCCCAGGACAAGAUCCAACUAUUAAUUCUAAUAAUCCUCCCUCUCACUGCUUUAUAUUUUGUCAUAAAUUAGUCAGCAGAAGUGGGUGGGACACCAAGAAAGGUUUGUUGAUUCUGUUUAAGUGAUUUUGUUAGGAGAAGUUGUUUUUCAAACAUUUCAGGGAUUUUAACUGGUUAAACUAAGCAAACUUUUCCACUGGGUCUUAGGAAACCAAAACCUAGUAAUAAAAGUAACAGAAGUUUGCUCAACAAUUUUUUCAUUAAAUUGAUGUUACUUGUUCACUCAUUAAUACAUGUGGUCAGUUAUAGCUGAAAACAGUGCACAUGAGUCUUUGACUUCAUCUUUUUGUUCUGAAAGUGUCAAAGACUUUUUAGACUGUUUCAUGUGGUGGAUUUUCCUCAAUUGAAGGAGUUUAGUUUGAACAACAUGAAAGAACAGAGUUGAGCAUAAAUUGACCAAGUGCUGUUUCACAUCUGUCAAUGCCUUCUAAACAGUUUCAAAAUUUAGGCUACAACUUAACCUUUUCAUUGCCAUCAACAUCAACUCUCCUCACUUUCUACAAAUUAUUUCUUUUAAUCUUCACUCAGAGAAUUUGGUUUUAGAUCAAACAUUAUGUAUGCAUUUUUCUUUAACACCUCUCUACCUGAUAUGAAUUGACAUUGUAAAGGGGAACUUCUCUUUUGAAUCACUGCUGCAAGUGAAAUGGUCAAGUUCCAUUUCAUAAAAUUUGGAGCAAUGAUAUUCCAUUAAUCAGAAACCAGAGAUUCUGAAUAUGUGAUAGCAAACGACUUGACCCUUUUCACUCUAACAUCAGUAUGCAUAUUCUCCGUACUGUUCUCUUUACAUCUCCUAAUGUGUGGACAGGGAGUGUUUCCUUAACAAUUACAUGCAAGAGCUUCUUUAGUUGGUUAUCAUUUCCUUUUUUCUUAUGACCUUAUUGUUUGAUUCAGGGGUGUGGAUAAGCAAGUGGGAUCAAUAUCAGUAUCUGGGCAACUGCCCACCUACCCUUCCCCUAACUCAACAAACAGUCAAUUGAUAACAAGUUAGGGCUAAUGUUGGGUUAGGGGAGGGGUAGGUGGGCAGUUGCCCAGAUACUGAUAUUAAUCCAGUAAGUGUGACUAUAAGGAGAAAUCAGAUGCGUGUUACUCUCAGGGGUUAAUGGGUUAAUACCUGUUGAUAAUGGUUCCAUUUUAGGGUGGAAAGGAACAUGGUGUGCCAAUUAUUGUGUCAGAGAUACACGAAGGUCUCCCUGUAGACAGAUCAGGGGGCUUAUAUGUAGGUGAUGCCAUACUCGCCGUGAACGGUAUUGAUCUUCAGGAAGCUAAGCAUAGCGAGGCAGUGAAAGUGCUGUCCACUGUACAUGGUGAAAUAACACUUGAGGUUCUGUAUGUGGCCCCUGAUGAUUCCAGUGAUGAUGAGGAUACCUGGGAGGAAGACGAAGGACAGAGGUUAGUUAUUCACGACCUCAAGUGGUUCGGAGGCUGGAUAACGCAUCGCUAUCGAGUGGAUAACGCAGUGGGUUUUGCUAACACUUAUCCGCUGGAUAGCGAUUUAUCCGUUGGAUAGCGUUAACUGAGUGCCUUUUUAGCAACCGAGCUCGGGAAGGUAUCGCUGAGGAAAACUUCGAACUAAAAAAAAAAAACAAAAAAAAAAGACUCUUAUUUAGAGAUUAGAAAGGCUGAACGCGUUUACUGUCUUUAACCCUCUAACUCCCAGAUCAAAUUUGUAACUCUCCUUACUAUCAACCACAUAAUUCUUACAAUGUUAGUUCAGAGAAUUUAGUAUUGGAUUAACUAAUUAUCCCCAAAUUGAUAUUUUUCUUUAUUUCUGGUUGAUAUUGUACUGAUAUUGUAAGGAGAAAGUCUGUCUUGGUCACUCAUGGGAGUUAAAGGGUUACCGGCGCCACAGGUCAAUUUCAGCUCAACAUAAAUGAGUAGCGUUGAGUCCCAAAGAGAAGCGUAAAACAAUUCGCCAUCAGUGUACUUGUUUUCAGACCCCGCAAAUUUGGGGAUAUCACGUUUCUUUGCAGGAGACAGGCUAAGAGAAAAUGAACACUUUUGAAGCAUGGUUAGGUUUAGUAAAUCUUUUCAUUCGCCACGUUCUAGUUACCGUCGCUGUCGUGGUCUGCAUAAGGUCCCUGACAAUUCAGUAACGUAAGCUUGAGGACAUAUUGACAUAUUGACACUCGAUUGAAAAUCGAGUGUCAAUAGUAAUGAGGGAUUGCACUGGUUUCGCUUCGCUACGGUCCGUCAUUGAUAAAAAAGAAUUCGUGCCGCGCUUUCAACCAAUUAGAGGCUAAAGCAGAAUCAGAAAUAAAAAUGUAUGUAAACAUUAAACCAAAAUUUUCUUUCAAAUCUAGGUACAGCAUGCUGGGAAGAGUUGAGGACCCAGCAAAUGAACUGUCUAAUGGUGAUGUAUACAUGACAAACUCAAAAAGAGAUUCCAAUAAAAUCCAGACUACCGAGCAGCGGAGGUAAGACUGUCUGUUGUGGCGUCCAUCUCCUUCUCUUUUGUAAUUGAUGACAUUGGGAAUUCACGGUGAGGGUUAGGAACAGGAAGAUCGAAAACCCGGACCCGAGAAAACUGCGGAAAACUGCCAGUCAGGAGAGAUUUUCAAUAGUUUGGCGUUAAUUCCAGUUUUGAAGUGAACUUCGUGGAAUAAAUAAUGUCCAAGGAAAUAUAUACAGUACGAGCAUAUUUUCGCGAAAAAUUGAGGCUAUUGUGUAUGUUAUCCUUCAAAUAUUUUGCAACGCGCGUGAAAAAAUGUUUACGAAUAGCUUCCUUUUUGCUGCGUGGAAUGUUUUCCUUUGAGUGUUCUGUGGUGCGACUUUUUUAAAGAAACAAAUAUUCCCUCUCUUCUGUUCCAACCACAGAACAUUCUCUCGUCUGGAAUUAAAUUUUAAAAAGAAGACUUAUCGUAGUGGACGUAAGGUUUGAAAAUUGGGGAAUAUCACUUGGGUGAUAAUCUCAGAUAUCCCCCAGUUCUAUCCGUGGGAUUUUCGGUCACGUGAUAUCUUUAGACCAAUCGCGCGCGAGCAAUGAUAUCAUCAUAAAUAUAUAUAUAUAUAUAUAUAUAUAUAUAUAUAUAUAUAAUUUUUUUUUGAUUUUUUCUAUUUAUCUGACAUCUUUUUUAAUUCUGGUCGUUUCCAGUCCCCCUUCAUCGCCUCGUUCAGCACCGUACCUUCCGUCGCAUCCUGGGGCGGCGCAACCAGUCAGCGCUUCUCCUGAAUCAGCAAAGAAGUACCGCAACCCAGCUACAAUACCAGAGACGUUUUCAACGACAGUGGACAGCAGAGGAAACAAUUCCGAGUUGUCAUCAAGAUCUAGUUCGCAGUCGUCGUUAUCUUUAGCUUCAACGCUUUCGCCGCAUCAAACCGGAGGAUUAAAUGUUGGGAGGUUGGAACCUUUGAUACAAACUCCUUCCGAAGGGGAAGAUACAGGCUCAGAGCUGUUUUCACCAUCGACGUAGCGAAAAGGAUAGCUGUAGAAUCUGUUGUGCUGGGAAUGUGAGAGGUUUAUUGAUACUAAUAAGCAGGUCCCUGGAGCAGUCCACGGAAUCUUUAAGUGUUACACAAUUAAAUCUCUUUGAUUGAUGUUAAUGGAUGCAGUUUUUGGUAAGAACGUCUUGCUAGGACGAAUGUAGGGGAUGAAGUCUCAGAAUGAACGCUAAUCUUUAGAAAACAUCAGUAAAGAAAUGCCACUCUACAGCGACACAAAGCAAUGUGCUCUAAAAUCAGGCAUGUAAGAUUUGUUUACCAAAAUUUGGAUUGUUUCGUGUCCAAUGUUUUUUUCUAAAAUUUCCUAAUUUCACAAUUUACAAUCAAGUGGCUGUAGCCAUUUAGCUAUAUGAAGGGUUUUUCUCCCUUUUCUUCCCUCUUUUUUUCUGAUGAUAAUUAUGUGUCACUCAGAGAAAACAAACCAACUGACAAUCAAACACUUCAUCACUUUUAUGUUGAACUUGAUGAGGGUAGAAUUGUUGAAAUUUCCUACCGCAAAUUAGCUCUCUAAAAAAGACGAACUUAAUCAUGGAGACUAUGGUCAAAGUCUUCUCAUGACAUGAAGGAAAUUCUUCGUCAGUCUCCCCGAAGCCCAAUGCUGGCUUGGAAAAAGUCUAAUCAAAAGCUUUUUGACCUUUUCAAAUGCAAUAAUCAGGCUACGGUAAAAAAAUUAUUGAAUAUUACAGACAAGUACCAAGAGAUUUAUGUGACGCACUGUCUGAUUGGUCAGUCAGACCUGUCCCCAGGUUUUCAAAAAUCCCAAUUUCGUUUUGUCUCUGUCUUCAGAAUAAUGUUAUGGGGAUCUUCUUUGUGCAGACUCACUAAACAUUACUCCUUAUCCUUUUCCUCAAGUGUGACGAAGUUGCCUUGCCGUCGCUAAAUUGGCGACAAGACUAGCUUUGCGCUGCACAACAGCGUUUAGGUCGUGUAACGUUGGCGGUGAGAUUUUCGAUUCGUCUUAAACUUCUCGUUUUGAGGGAGAUGACCAAAUUAAGAGUAUAUAGAAGUAAUUGAUAUUGUAUGAAUUGUGAAGAGUGAAGUAUAAAUUGUAUAAAGAGAGAAAAUUUAAUUUUGGGGGAUUUUUGCACUUAUGUUUCUGCCAUGAUACGAUAGAUAUUUGUGAUGUCACCAGAGAAUUAUUCUUUAGGAAUAGAUUUCGCUUUGUCUCGUACUUAUUUCAAUGUGCGAUUUUUAAAACCUUUACAGACAUGGCUUAAAGAAAUAGAAUUGACUAAAUACGUUGUUAAAUAAAAGGCAGUCUAUGACUGCAUGUGCCACUGUUGUAAAGUUGUGGACUACUGCAAUAAAAAUGCAAUGUGGCGUACAAUGCAGGGAGGAUAAAUGAACGGCUCUGGUCG